ACCCAGCAUGUCUUCCACUAACCAAAGACCGAUUGUCUUCAUGGACAUCAACAUUGGUGAAACGCCUGCGGGGCGAAUCAAAAUGGAGCUCUUCAACGACAUCGUGCCCAAGACCGCAGAGAACUUCCGACAACUAUGCACUGGGGAACACAGAGUGAACGCACGGCCACAAGGAUACAAGAAUGCCACCUUCCAUCGCGUUCCAAACUUCAUGUGCCAAGGUGGCGACUUCAUCAAGGGUGACGGAACUGGAUCUUUCUCCAUCUAUGGUGAUAAAUUCGCGGACGAGAACUUCGAAGUGAAGCACACUGGCCCGGGUUUGUUGUCGAUGGCCAACUCUGGCCCGAACACGAAUGGCUGCCAGUUCUUUAUCACCACCGCGCCCUGCGACUUCCUCGACGGCAAGCACGUCGUCUUCGGCAAAGUCAUCGAUGGGAUGCUUACUCUGCGCAAGAUUGAAAACGUCCCCACCGGACAAAACAAUCGCCCUAAGUUGGUGGUCAAGAUCACGGAGUGCGGGGAGAUGUAGAACAGUCGAACCUGCUUUUGACAGAGAAAUACCGACGAACACAAGGGCAUGCCGACAAGACCGGUCCGUCGAGGAUAUGUACGGAUGUUGUAAGACGUUUACGCCGCUCUGCACGAAUUUCUCGAGCCGUACACGUCCUCGUUGAGCUCCGCCGAGUACAGCACGUACGUCCGUUACA